AAAGGAACAACAUUAUUAUAUCUUUGUGAAAUUCCAAGAAGACUGUUCAUGUUUAAUUGUUUUUGAACGUGUCUUUGCAGAUUAAAGCAGUUUCUAGUGGUAGAUCAGAUCAUUAGGAAGGGUUUUGAGAAUGUCGACAAACAUAUUUUGGCAAGAAUCACCCAUUGGGAAAACUGAAAGGCAGAAGCUGCUAAACCAGAAGGGUUGUGUGGUGUGGAUCACAGGGCUGAGUGGCUCAGGAAAAAGCACGUUGGCUUGCUCGCUAAGUAGAGAGUUGUACACUCGGGGAAAGCUAUCUUACAUCCUUGAUGGGGAUAACCUUCGUCAUGGCUUGAACAAAGAUCUCGGUUUCAAGGCAGAGGAUAGAGUGGAAAAUAUACGCAGAGUUGGAGAAGUAGCGAAACUCUUUGCUGAUGCUGGUUUGAUCUGCAUUGCUAGCCUCAUAUCGCCAUAUAGGAAAGACCGUGACGCUUGUAGGGAAAUGAUGCAGGGCUCUUCUUUUAUCGAGGUUUACAUGAAUAUGUCUCUACAAUUGUGUGAAGCAAGAGACCCUAAAGGCUUAUAUAAGCUUGCACGUGCAGGAAAGAUCAAAGGCUUCACAGGGAUUGAUGAUCCAUAUGAAUCUCCCUUGAAUUGUGAGAUAGAGCUGAAAGAGAAGGAAGGAGAGUGUCCUUCCUCUGUAGCUAUGGCAGAGGAAGUCAUCGCUUAUUUAGAAGCCAAAGGCUUCCUUCAAAACCAGUAACCACCACCAGAAUCCAACCAAGUCACAUUUGAUUUUCCUUUUUUUUAAUAAGUGUUGGCUGCUUUCUUUAUGUUUCUUCACUCUCCUGAAACAAUGCAAAUGCAAAGAAGUUUGAACUAUGAAAGACAUGUUACAGUUUUCUUCCUUUGCAACGUUUAUUUUUUGAUAUAAUAAAAGCAAACAAGUCAUUCAACAGUA